CAAUAAGAAUUGUUAUUUUCUUGAGUUUUCUUUAAUGUGUUAAUUUAUGUAAUUGAGAAUAACUACAAAGUGCAUCAAAAAAUGGAUGACGAAUUUCCUGACCCCGAUGAGGAAUAUGAAAUGCGAUAUGCCGAAGAGUUUGAGCUAAUGAAUGAGUUCGACUUUGAAGAAAAUGCAGCACCAAUUCUACCCAAAGGGAAUGAAAAAAAGGUAAAGAAAAGCCUAAAUUUUAAUGAUGCUGGUAGCAGUGGUAGUCGUCCAAACUCAAGCCUUUCAAAUCAGUUAGCUACCUCAAAUGAUGCUGGAAGAAAACGUAUGCAAGAUGAAAUGUUUGGUUCGCUAUCAGAUGAUGAAGAACUUUGUGGAAAGAGUUCUAACCCUUUGAAAAAGCCAAGAAAUGAUGCAAUUGUAUUAGAUGACCAGCCAUGCUGUUCCUCAACUGAAUCGUGUGAUGAACCAACAGUAGUUCGUGUAUCUAGACCUAAACGUUAUGUUUUCCGACUUGUUCCUGAAGAACCUCACCAAAUUAUUACGACACACACUGGUCAGAAACUAUUUAUUAGACUGAAGGCAGAUGAACCAAUAAGGCAAAAGGAUUUGGAUUUCAAUUACAAAAACACUGGAAACCUGCUGAAAGUUUCAGUAGCUAGCUUAAAGCUACAGAUGCAUAAUGAAGCGAGAGCCAAAUCGAGUCUGGUGUCGGAAGAGGAAUUCGAACGACGUCUUCGUGAACUGGAAACAAUGGAUUAUAGAAGUAAGGGGGCAAAGGAAGAUAGCAAUGUGAAUGAAUUAACAAACAACUCUAAUGAUUCAUGGAUGGAACUGUACCGACCAAGAAACUACCUCGAUUUAUUGAGCGAAGAAAACAUCAACCGAACGCUUUUGCAUUGGUUAAAGCUUUGGGAUAAGGCGGUCUUCAACCGGGAAGUUAAAAUUAAAGCACCCAAAACUGAUGAAACUCUCAAGCCUCAGUGGGCUCAAGGACAAAAGGGCUCGGUCGUCUCGGGUCGCUUUGAAAAUAAAAAGAAAUUCGAGAAAUUCCGCACAAACAAACAAAAUGAAGGCGAACUAAAAGAGGAACUGGAUUCUUCCGGGCGACCGUUGCAAAAAAUUGUUCUUAUCAGUGGACCGCCUGGCUUGGGAAAAACAACUUUGGCUCACGUCGUGGCCAAGCACGCAGGUUAUAAUCCAGUUGAAAUGAAUGCCAGUGAUGACAGGAAUGUUGAAGCAUUCAAACUUCAACUAGAAUCUGCAACACAAAUGCGUUCUGUUAUGGGAUCAAAUCCCUCGCCGAAUUGCUUGAUCAUCGAUGAAAUUGAUGGAGCACCAGCUGCUUCUAUCAACUUCCUUGUUAGUACUCUAACGCAAGAAGGUGCACAAAACAAGGAAAAUAACCAAGCCAAGAAAAAGAAAAAAAAGGGGCCCAAUCUUGUUUCCAGGCCGGUCAUUUGCAUUUGCAAUGACUUGUAUACACCAUCUUUGAGGCCCUUAAGGCAGGCAGCUCUAGUUCUACAGUUUCCUACUACCAAUCCAAACAGGUUGGCUCAAAGACUUUUGAGCAUUUCAAAGGAACAAGAAAUCCAAGUCGACAUGUCCAGCAUGUUGGCACUAUGUGAGAAGGCUGAUUAUGAUAUUCGCUCCUGUCUAGCAACUCUAUACUUUCUCAAAUCCCGCCGGCUCCCAUUACGAUACAGUGAUGUUAUGAAUCUCAACAUUGGCCUUAAAGAUAAUCACAAAAGCCUUUUUCAGGUUUGGCAAGAAAUUUUUCACAUUCCACGGCAAAAGAGGAGUCAAUAUAUGGGACCAAUUGAACACGAAGGAAUGUUACCUUUGGCUCCGGAUGUCGAUAAGCCACUAGCUCCUAAUGCUGGAAAUAAUGCGUCAAUGCCAGCGAGGUUUGCGAACAUUUUGCAUUCUGUUCAAUCCUGUGGCGAGUAUGAUCGGCUUUUACAAGGUGUUUUUGAGAAUUAUCCAACCAUCAAGUUCAAGGACAGCUAUUUAAACUCGGUAUGCACGGGCUUGGAUUGGAUGUGCUUCUAUGACUAUGUGAAUCACUUUGUCCAGAAAAAUCAAAAUUACUGCGUCUUCGGUUACCUACCUUAUACUUUCAUAGCGUUGCACUUUCAAAUGGCAGCUGUUCUCUCGCAAAAAAUCAAAUAUCCAACUGCUCAAACAGAGUUGAACGCGAAAUUAACCAAAAAUCUGGGUAUCGUGUCCACAAUGUUUCAAGAUUUGAAAGCGAAAAUCAGGAUAUCUAACUCCAAAGAAAAUAUCAUUCAGGACGUAAUCCCGUUCUCAUUGCCAAUAAUCACACCAACAUUGAGACCGGUAAGCGCCCAAUUGUACAGUGCCGAAGAGAAGGAACAAAUUCUCCGAGUAAUAGGUGUCAUGAUUUCUUACAAUCUGACUUUCCGACAAGAAAAAACAAUCGAUGGUGCAUACCGCUACUGUCUGGAACCAGAUAUUGAGCAGGUAGCCUAUUUCGACAUCGGUGCUGUUCAGCGAAAGAGUUUGACGUAUAGCGUGAAACAAAUGUUGGCGAGAGAGAUAGAGCUGGAGAAACUUCGGUUGUACGAAUCCAAUUUGGGCCCUGUGAUUAUGCCAAAGCCGUUGGAGCCAAUCGAAGCGCCCGAAAUGAAACCUCCGCCCAACAUGGCCAUGACAUUAGCGCUGAAGCCUAAACCCAUUGUGGAGUCCUGCAAAACGGCAACAGAUUUCUUUGGACGGCCAUUAAAAACACCUCCGAAGAAGAAGAACGCUGACGGUUCGAUCCAAACGGCCCAAAAUGACGUCUGGUAUCACUUCAAAGAAGGCUACAGCAACGCCGUCCGUCGUAGUGUCAAAAUGGCUGAUUUCGUAUAAAUUUUAGGAUAAA